AUGGCACAUCCAGUAGUGCCCACCGAAAAGCAAAGCCAAUUUACUGGCACAAAUCGGUUGAGACAUCCGAUCGCCGUGGUUUUGUUUUCCGGCUGGAAACGGGUUUGCCUUGCCUUCGACUACCUUCAAGGCAAAAAGAAAGUGACAAAAUUUUUCGGAAACGAAAACGCAGGUUUUUUGAGAACUAAAAACAUUUAAACAGGUCUGCGCACUUUUCUUCCUGACGUUGAAGGCGAUAUAAAGUCUGCCAAAGACUAUUUCCGCAGACUUUGUAUGGCGUUCGUUCCUUGGCGAGAAGAAAUCCCGCAAAGAUCACGCUGAAGAGGCUUUUACCUGGCAAAGAAUUUCUUUUUUUCAUUUUUUUGCUAUUUUUUCAUAUUUGAAAGAGUAGGAAAAAUCUGUUAAAUAUGUAGAAAAUUCCUUCAAAAUUUCCAAAAUUCAGGCACAUGGACGAGUCGAAUUGACCAGCCAGCCAGCUGCCGACGACAUUUAUCUUUUUGAACUCUGUUCAAAAGAUCAAAACGGAUAGCAAAAGUCGGAAAGAGAAAAUGCAAGCUUGGAAGGUGAGUUUUUUCGGGUUGAAACUUUUUGUCAAAAUUUUUCGAUAAAUUUAUUAACCACUUUGAAACUUUCAGAAAGCUAUGCAGGAGGAGAACACGAACGAAGACGACGAAGAAGCUUCGACUAAUGAACCAGUCACCCGCGUGCCGGAACGAAAAGUCGAUCCGGAAAUCUUCGAAAAGAACUUGGGACGCAUGAAUCAACAGCAGAAGGAAAUCUUCUCGUCUGUUAUUGGAGCUAUUCAUGCGCAAGCGACCAAACAGAAUCAGGCAAGUUUUUUUCUGCUUAAUGAUUUGAUUAUUAUCACAAGUUUCAGACGAACUCAAACUAAAGAUCCAUUGUUUCAGGAUGAACCGAAGAAGCCCAUCUUGAAUUUUGUUUCUGGAACGGCAGGCACUGGGAAGUCUUUCCUGAUCAACAUGCUCGCUGACCAGUUGACGAUGUCCUACACAAAAACACGGACAGCUUCAACAAAACCGGCGGUGCUAUUGGCAGCUCCAACCGGCUUGGCCGCACUGAACAUUCGCGGAAACACAAUUCAUGGCCUUUUCCGGAUUGAGGUUCUUUUUUUCCGUUUUCUGAUUUCCAAAAUUUGAAAUUUUUUAGGUUCAACACGGGCGGAUGCUGGACUUCAAAGGAACCGAUUUCGAAGACGCUGGAAGCUCACGAGAACUGCUCAGAAACGUCAAACUGAUUAUUAUUGACGAAGUUUCUAUGUGUUCGAAUAUUAUUCUCACCAAGCUUCAUCUCCGACUUCAACAAAUCAAGGGAAACCGUGAAUUGUUCGGCGGUGUCAACAUUCUCGCUUUCGGAGACCUUCUUCAACUGCCCCCAGUCAUGGCCAAGCCAGUCUUCGAGCCCCUGAAACCGGAAAUUAUUUCCGAAGUUUUUGGCAGUAUUGCUCCGCCAAUAAACUUGUGGCGCUUGUUCGACUAUCAAGAACUCACGGCCAACAUGCGACAGAAGGAUGACAAGAAGUUUGGUGAAGUGAUGGCACGUCUUCGCAUCGACAAACUGGACGAAAAAGACUACGAUCUCUUGAAAACUCGACUGAUCAGGAACCUCGAAAAAAAUGAAAGUGGGCCGUGCUCAAUCGAAGAAGCUGCGGAAUAUUAUCUACGCAUUCUGGAAAAUGACCCAACGGCAAUCGCGCUUUUCUCAACUAACGACGAAGUUUCGCUCUUCAACACGACGAUCUUGAAGCAACUUGGAGUGAAAACGUUCACAGUUCUUGCCGAGGACGUCGAAGAAAACUCGGCUAUGGACGAGAUCCUUGACGGACAGACAGCAAAGGAUCGAAUUCGAAAGAGCAGGAUUUAUCAGAAGAAGGAGUUUUCCAUCGUCAAAAAGGUUUUUGUUUUCAGUUUCAUAAUCGAAAAAAAUUGUUAUUUUUAGAAGAAGAAAGCCACAUCAACGAAGCCGCUAAUGAAAGAAGAAGACCCAACCGGCAGGCUGUGUGGCGGACUGGCGGCGAAAUUAACACUGGCUGAAAACGCUCGUGUUAUGCUGCGCCGGAACCUUGACGUUGAAAAGGUGAGUUUAUAUCAAAAAAAAAUAUUUAUAGUUAAAACAAAUAAUUUUAGACUUGUCAACGGCAGCCAAGGAUACUUGCGAACCGUGAAAAACGAGAUGGCGGGGUUGUCAGCCUGUAGGCGUUUUUUGACGGUUUCGACAGUGAAACCAAAAUCGAACGAGUGAACGCCGUCUUCAAUGUCAGUCGACGAAAGACGUCGCCGUUCGCAGUUCCUCUGACAGUCGCCUAUGCUGCUACCAUCCAUAAAAGCCAAGGUUUGAAUUUUGGUUUUUCACAAAAAAAAGAUCAUCUAUCAAUUUCUCAAUUUUUCAAUUUUUCUCAAACAAAAAUUUUUCUUUUUUCAAACAAAACUUCAAUUUUUCUCAAACAAAAUAUUUUCAAUUUUUCUCAGAUAAUAAUUUCUCAAUUUUUCAAUUCUAAAUAAAAUCGCAGAAAAUAAAUAUCUUUCUUGGGUCUUGAGUCUUCUGAAUGACGGUGGACAAUGCGAUAUUUAACUCGCUCGAUAUUUUCACUCUGGCAUCUUCGUGGCAUUCAGUCGAGUGCGCUCUUUGACUGGCCUUCAUCUCAUCGACUUCUUCCCAAGCAAAGUUUCCUGUCAUCGUGAAUCUCUGCUGGAGACAAACCGAUUGCGGAAAGGAGUUGGCCUUCCAGCGUUCGAUGUUCCAGCGAAGCCCACGAGAAGGAAUCAAUCAACGAAAAAUCGAAAAAGUUUGAUUUUUUUUUUUUUUUUUCCUAUUUUUUUUCUAUCCCUUCUCAAAACUUCUUGUCAACGCUUUUCUUUUCCAGAAGAUGAAGAAGAGAUUAGCAAGGACCACGGCUCGGAUUCUGAUGAAAAUCAGCCGGUAAUGAAGAAGAAGCUCAAAACAGCCAACGGUAAAAAUUGAAAUUCCUUAGGCUAAAAUAUUCAAUAAUUUGAAGCGCUCUCACUCCCAAACAACACUGGCGAAGAUUGUUUUGUGAAUGCCGUUGUCAACUUGUUGAACAGCUCGGAGCGACUGACGGAAGAUAUCAUCAGCUCAUCAGCAGAAGAACAAGCCGAGAACGAAAGAAUAUGAUGGACGUUGACCCGACAUGGUCCAGUGCUCUUGAACUGUUCCAAGAAGAGACAAAACGUUGCUCUCUCCGAACCAAGCUGGCUGAAGCACGUCGUUCGGACUGGCGACGUCAAAGAGGCUUUCGAUGACAUCUUUGAGGUUGAAACCAAAAUUUUGACGACAAUUGAAUUUUAGCAACUCCCGAGGCCAUCCAACGGCAGUUUCGUUUCCAAUGUGAAGCUCGCCAAGCAUGCUCCCAAUGUGGCGCUUCAAGAAGGCUUCCAUAGUCGUAUUUUGGAGCAAAUAGAGAUCAGGACGCAAAACGACACGAUCGAAGAAGCUUUGAAAAAGUGGUUGGAGGUAAAUUCAAAAAAAAAAAUCCUUAAAUUAUUUUUUCGAAUAAUCAUUGAUUUUUUUUCAGGACACUGGUCGCCGGUUUGAUUGCGAUGCUUCUCAGAACGUCCAGAUAAAGGUCGAUAUGCAUCAAGGUCAGAAAACUCGUCGCUUAAUAUAAGUACUGAAUUUUUAAAUUUUCAGAUAGUAAGUACCUCAUCGUGAAGCUGAACGGCGCUGGCCCGAACAUCGCUCCCGAACUGAAAAAGGACUAA